AUGCUACCGUACCUCUUCCCUGACCUUGCUUCCUUUCCUACAGUCACUUACCUCAUUACGCACCUCCGCACUAGUGACACUCGCUACCGCGCUGCGCUUCCUGCUGAGUUCUGCGCCAAGAACCCCCCCCCCAUGUACAUCACCGUCUACUACAUAGUCACCCGACUCCCUGACUCUCUCCGCGUAGUCAGAGACCUCUUCCUCUCAGUUUGCCCCACCACUCUCACCGUUGACCUCCUCGAGAAGGCCCUCCUGGCGGCAGAGAAGAGCAUAGUCGCAGUAGGAGCCUCUCGUGGUGACCCUCGCACCCCCGUCUUUGAGGGGUGUUCCCCCUCCCCCCUUUUGCCCUCUGUUGCUUCUGCUGCUGCGGCCGACCUCGUUGGUCUCGAGUCGAUCGGCCCUGCGUCUGCCCCGAGCGGGAGACGCCGCACCGACAAGGGCAAGGGGGGCAAGGGCGCUGGAGGGGGUGGCGGGGGUGGCGGAGGUGGCGGUGGCGGCACUGGAGGGGGUGGGGGUGGUGGUGGGAGUGGUGGUAGGGGUGGAAGUGUCAGUGGCGCCAGUGGAGGCGGAGGCGGCGGUGGCGGUGGGGGCGGAGGUAGCGGGGGUGGCGGUGGAGGAGGAGGCGGCGGCGGAGGAGGCGGAUCUGGUCGGGGUGGCGCUGCGCAGAGGGUCGGCUCCGGUGGUGGUCAGCGCCAGCAGCAGCAGCGCACUCGUGACGUCCCCCCCCCUCAGCAGCUCCGUGAGUGGGCGGGAGUAGCUAUCUUUGACCUUGACUUUGAUGCUAUUCUUGCUACCAUGUAUGCUGUGACUAUUAGUGAUGAGGGUGAAUGUUACCGGUGUUUCCCGCCUGACCCGGGUAUUGAGACUGCUGCUCUAGGGACUGGUGAGGCUGCUGCUCUAGGUACUAGCGAGGCUGUUGCUCUAGGUGCCAGUGCGUCUGCUUCCUCGGGUGCUGGUGAGUCUGCUCUCUCAGGUACCGCGUCGGCUUCAGCCUCCCACACCUUCACCCUUUACUCGGGGGCUUCUCGCUCCUUCUUUGGAGACCGCACCACACUCACGCCGCUUGGUCGGCCAGUUGCAGUCUCUCUGGCAGACCCCUCUGGGGGUCCAGUCCUUGCUCACUUCUCCACUGUCCUCCCGUGUCCGGCGGCCCCCUCUGGCACCCUGUCUGGUCUUUACCUCCCCUCGUUCUCUACGAACUUGGUGAGUGGUGCUGACCUACAGGAUGCGGGGGUUCACCAGUUCACUCCUGCGAGUCAGCGGGUGACCCACUGCACGGACGCUCCGACAACCCGACACCUGUACCCUGUGGUAUAA